AUGGAGCGUGAGAGAAGUGGAGUGAGGGAUGGAAUGCAGGUUGAAACGAACGGCAGAGGAAGAGGCCGGGAUGCGGUGACAGAUAAGAUCGACAAUAAGAACAACGGCGAAGGACGAAAUGGAAGAAUGGAAGAAAGCCGCGAAGAUACGGGCAUUAUGCGAGGGUCUAAUGGCCACUUCACAAUGGGCGCUGCUUCAUCAGAAUAUCUUGACCCGCGUCCUACCGAUCCCGCCUCCUUGCACCAAUAUUUUGACGUAGCUAACCAACUGGGCAACAUUGGACACGGCUACAUGAACCUCAUGACAGGCGUCACAGACGGAAUACCCAUUUCAAACCCACCACUUAUGACAAAUUCAUCCCCAAUGCACGGAAACAUGAUGAUCAUUCCUCCUUCGCCAAGAAUGAACAACAUGGGUGAGUAUCCAACAAAUCAUCCCAUCCACGGUAAUCAGGGGAUUGACAAUCAUUCACUUCAUUCCUGUGGAAUGAUCCAUACACCGCCGCCACCUGCACCCGCAGGUUCUCCAAGCUAUCAAAGUCCGGCCAAGGCACCUUCUAAUUACAGCGAUGGCAAUAAUAGUAGCGUCUGUCGCGGGAACCAGUAUUCUUGGGGUGCCAAUACCGAGCCCAAGGCACUCACUGGUAACAUGGAUCAUCGAUCAUACAAUCAAACAGUUCAAACAAGAAUUCAAUAUCCAACUCCCACAGAAUUUGCAGAACCAAUCCCCUAUCCACAGCACCAAAACAUCGAUUUCAACGCUCAGAGGAACGCCUAUAACUACGUAGGCUACUGCAUGCAUCAACCCAAUGCCAUUACCAAUGACUCUCCCCAAAGCCGAACUCAAGGCCCUGGCUCCGUCUCAAUGACCGAUCAUCAAACAAUGGGAACUUUCAUCCGUGCACCUACAAUCUCACCACUUCCAGGUGGAGCAGCCGGUGCAGGAAUGGUUUGGCACGCUUCGCACUAUGAUUUACCACCACUUCCACCGCAGAUUCCGUAUCUAGGAGACUCUGUUCUAAUGCCUCCAGCCGUUCCAACUGCUCCAAGAUAUUUCAACGAGACACCUCCUGCUUCUAGACGCCAUAUGCGAAAUGGAAAUGGUCAACGCAACGCGGUCCAACGAUCAAGGACUAGCCAAUCGGUUAGCCAAAUUCAAAUGGAUGCGGCAACUACUACCGAAGGUCCAGCCCGAGCUGAUUUUCACAGGCAAGCAACUACUCAAGGCCAGGCUCGAAUGCCUUUUGAGAUUACGCCCGCACCCAUGAACAUUUCCCUUUUACGUACACCAAGGGUCAUCAGUAGUGUGCCGCGACCAAACUCAGCAAUGUGA